UUGUAACUUCGUCUUCUACUUCAGUGUUUCUUUGAAGCACAAACUGAAACCAAAAUGCAUCUCCCAACUCAGUGGUUUUUCCUAGUAUUCUCUGUCCUCACUGUCUCUCUCUACGCUAGGCCUUUCGUUCUCCUCCUCCCUGAAGACGACCUCAAGAACUCGCCCGGCGACUUGUCCGAGUGGGACGAUGAGUUCUGCUGCUCUGACUCACACAAGUCCGACGAGGAGCUUGACUUUGGCUCUUGGCGACCAAUCUUGGAACGUGACUCAUCGCCCGCCGGCGAUACCGAUCCUGGGUCCGAAGCCGAUUCAGUCUACUACUCCGGUGUGUCGAAGAUGCUCAAGGCGGUUAGCUCCUCCGGCGAACUAAGCCUUAUGCAUGAAGCAGUGCAGGAGAUCGAGGCCGCCGUGGCGGUUGGUCACCCCCACGCGAUGUCCGUGUUAGGGUUUCUUCACGGGUCGGGGCAUAUGAGAGAAAGGAACAAAGCCAAAGCUUUCAUGUACCAUUUCUUCGCCGCCGACGGUGGUAAUAUGCAGUCGAAAAUGGCUCUUGCUUAUACAUACUUGAAGCAAGAAGUGAUCAAUAUAUAGACCGCACUUGUCGUUUUUUCUCUCCUCAUUUUCUCUCUCUUUACUGUUUCCCUCUACGCCCGACCCUUCGUCCUCUUCCUUUCCCAAGAAGACCUAAAAGACACCGCCAACUCGCCCGACGACUCGUCCUCCUCCGAUCCCAGUCACCAUGACUCGGCCGAGUGGGACGAGUUUGGCGAUUCCGACGCUCACAAGUCCGAUGAGGAGCUUGACCCUGGUUCAUGGCGUCCGAUCUUCGAACCUGACUCAUCCUCCGGCGCCGAUCCUGGUUCCGUGGCCGAUGCGCAAUACUACUCCGGCGUCUCGAAGAUGGUCAGGGCGGUGAGCUCCGGCGAAGUGAAUCUCAUGGACGAGGCCGCGAAGGAGAUCGAGGCAGCCGUAGCGGUUGGUCACCCCCACGCGCGGUCCGUUCUAGGGUUUCUGAACGGUGCUGGGCAGAUGAGAGAGAGGAACAAAGCGAAGGCUUUCAUGUACCAUUACUUCGCCGCUGAUGGUGGUAACAUGCAAUCGAAAAUGGCCCUUGCUUAUACAUACUUCAAGCAAGAGAUGUUUGAAAAAGCUGUUAAACUUUAUUCGGAAUUAGCUGAAGUUGCGGUGAAUAGCUUCUUAAUCUCGAAAGAUUCACCGGUGAUUGAACCGGUUAGGAUUCACAAUGGAGCUGAGGAGAACAAGGAGGCCCUGAGGAAAUCCCGAGGUGAGGAAGACGAGGACUUCCAGAUUUUGGAGUACCAGGCGCAGAAAGGAAAUGCCGGAGCGAUGUAUAAAAUCGGUCUCUUUUACUACUUUGGACUUAGAGGUUUGCGGCGUGACCAUGGCAAAGCCUUGUCGUGGUUUCUAAAGGCUGUGGAAAAGGGCGAACCGAGGUCCAUGGAGCUUCUGGGAGAGAUAUAUGCUAGAGGAGCUGGGGUCGAAAGGAACUACACCAAAGCUUUGGAGUGGCUAACUCUUGCUUCGAAGCAGCAUCUUUAUUCUGCUUAUAAUGGAAUGGGAUAUUUAUAUGUCAAAGGCUAUGGAGUUGAAAAGAAGAAUUACACUAAAGCCAAAGAAUAUUUUGAGAAAGCUGCUGAGAAUGAGGAAGCUGGUGGGCAUUAUAACCUUGGAGUAAUGUAUUUUAAAGGGAUUGGGGUGAAGAGAGAUGUGAAACUUGCAUGUAAAUGCUUCAUAAUUGCUGCUAAUGCUGGUCAACCAAAAGCAUUCUACCAGCUGGCAAAGAUGUUUCAUACUGGAGUGGGUCUUAAAAAGAAUCUUGCGACGGCUACUGCUUUAUAUAAACUAGUUGCAGAGCGUGGACCAUGGAGUUCAUUGUCUAGAUGGGCACUGGAGUCAUACUUGAAAGGUGAUAUUGGUAAGGCAUUCCUCUUGUACUCUAGGAUGGCUGAGCUAGGCUAUGAAGUAGCACAAAGUAAUGCUGCAUGGAUUCUCGACAAAUAUGGGGAACGCAGCAUGUGCAUGGGAGAGUCUGGGUUUUGCACUGAUGCCGAAAGGCAUCAACGUGCCCAUUCUCUAUGGUGGCAAGCAUCUGAGCAGGGUAAUGAACAUGCUGCUUUGCUGAUUGGUGAUGCAUAUUAUUAUGGUCGGGGUACUGAGAGGGACUAUGAUCGUGCGGCUGAUGCUUACAUGCAUGCUAGGUAUCAAUCUAAUGCACAAGCCAUGUUCAACCUUGGUUACAUGUAUGAGCAUGGCCUAGGACUACCUCUUGAUCUUCACCUUGCCAAACGUUAUUAUGAUCAAGCUUUAGAGAAUGAUCCUGCUGCAAAGUUACCCGUCACACUGGCCCUGGCAAGCUUGUGGAUAAGGAAAAAUUAUGAGGGUGGUUUUCUGGUCCACGUGAUUGAUUCAUUGCCUGAAGUCUAUCCAAAAGUGGAAGCAUGGGUGGAGAAUGUGCUCCUGGAGGAGGGAAAUGCAACAAUACUAACUCUAUUUGUCUGUCUCCUUACUGUUCUGUACCUUCGUGAGCGACAACGCCGGAAUGUGGCUGCUGCUGGAGGACACGGAGAAAUGCCCGCACCUAUCCAUCCCAAUGAACAUAUUGCACCUGCUCCUAAUUAAUGGCACUUUGUUGGUUUGCAGAAAUUUUGAGGUCGUCUUUGUUAGUGUUGUCUGUUAGAAGGAAAAUUUUUUCUGCUGCACUACUUGAUGUACAGGUUGUAGCUCUCUAGAUUUAUCAUUGGAAGUUUUUGAUAAUUUAAGGCUCAUUGUGCCAUAGAGAAAUGUGACGUAGGAGGACAAUAAGAAAAAAAAUCUUUGGUGCCUAUAUAAACUAUGUAAUUUUUUAAAGAUUUAUUUUGUAUCACAAUUUCCGUUUUAGAGAUUAGAAUCCGCUUGUAUUGAGGAUAUCUUCUGAUUAUAACUUUAUUUACAGACAAAAAUAUGAAAUCUGGUUGUAUAUUGAUGAUUAAA